AUGGUGGCAGCCAUCACCUCAUGGUGGUGGUGGGGUUUUUCAUGGCUUUUCCGGUCUAACAUCGCCUCUACAACAUCAUGCCACCACACACACCGGCGGGCGGUGGUCGAGGAUGAUAGAAGCGAAAAUGGCAGCAUCUCUUCAGUCUCUCGUUCCCCCGUCAAGCAACAACUACACACGCGAAUAUUCAAUCCCACGUCCGGGAACGAGCCAACUUCGACAAAAAUAGCAACAUCAACGUCAUCAGGAGGUGAUGGCGGCGGCAGGUCGUGGUUGCAUCAUACACAUCAAAUGACCCAAGAACCAAGCUCUAAACAGCCGACUAGGAGGUUGCUAUCGCCGGAACAAUCUGAAACGGUGGUUCAUGGCCCACCGAUGACCACAGCCGCCAUACAUGGCGUCAACCCAACAAAACAAACGAGAGGGAAAAAGAUAAGAAUCGACUGA